CUAACCGAUGGGGAAAACGUUCUUUGCCUUUGUGGUUGUCACGCUCCAAAACCCAAAUCCGAGAACGUGGCAGACGCCGUGCACUUGUGAACGGAUCUCACGAAUGCACAAGGCUCAAAACUUAUCCAAUUCAUGUCUGACAAUACAAUAACCUAGAUCGAAUAUUUCAAAAUUAGUUCUAUGUCCAACAUGACUUAAACUCAAAAUCUCAAGGUCAAAUCUUUUGUAAACUAACAGUCCAUUAAAUGAAUGUAUAAAAUCUCAGAUUAAACUUUAGUUUACAAGAUCAUGAUCUAUAUCUCAAAUCUAUAUUCACUUUACAAAAUGGCUAGCCUUAUAACUCGUCACUCCCCUUGGUUUCCCGUCCUCAGUUUCACUUCCUGAAAUGGUGAACAAGGAAAACUAUGAGAUAACUCAGUAAGUAAAUAUGGAUAGCCCUUGAGUAAAAUUUUAGCAUGCCUGAUAAACAGUUUAACGUAUCAAAACGUUCAAUGAUAAACCAUUAAAACAGAAUUAGAUUCAGUUCAAUAACAAAAUGUUUCAUGACAAAUCAUUAAUGCAGAAGAAAAUUCAGUAGUAGUCUCAUCUAUAAGUCAUGGCUAGCGUUUAUAAACCUCCCACUAGCGGGCACAGUAGUAACCAAUGGUUAACCCCAUUGGCAGGGUUACAGAAGUACCAGUGUUUAACAAACUUCCACCGGCAAGCGUCAGUAAUGGUACUAAUGUUUAACAACUCCUAUUGGCAGGCGUCAGUAAUUACCAAUAUAUUUGCCCAUUGGCAGGCGUCAGUAGUACCAGUGUUUAACAAACUCCCACUGGCAAGCGUCAAUAAUUACCAAUGUAUUAUCCCAUUGGCAGGAUGAACCGAUUCUACAAAAAUACAUGUCGACAUAUGCUAGCGUUUGCAACUCCCACUAGCGGGCGUAAGUAAUCAUGACUAUAUCAGAGACAAAACCAUGCAGGAUUUACAGAAAAAUCCGAAAUUCACAAUCAAUCUCCAAUUUCAUAAAUAACCAGAAAAUUCCAUGUGAGCAUGAAUUUAACAGAAAAUCAUAAUUUACAAAAAUUCUCAAAUCAUCAGAGCAGUUCAGUAAGUUCCAAGUGGCAUGCUCUACUUUAGAAAACAAUGGAAUUCUCAUUUUCAUUCCAAUCAUGCUCAAUUCCAGAAAAACAAGGAAAUCCUCAUUUUCAUUCCAAUCAUGCUCAAUUCUAGAAAAACAAUUAAAUCCUCAUUUUCAUUCCAAUCAUGCUCAAUUCCUGAAAAACAAUAAAAUUCUCAUUUAAAUCAUCACGAUUUUCAUUUCAGUUUAAUCACACUCAGAGAUUGAUAAAAUCAAUUUAAACCUUGCCAUCAUCUCAAAAACAAAUUAAAACAUGCUUUAAAAU